UUUUUAAAUCCACAUCCGGGUACUUCAAAUAUGGAUGCGCCCAUGAUGAUAAAGUGUUCAUGUGUUGUGCAAUAUAAAAUCUAAAUAAAGAAAAAAAUUAAGUAAACGCUUAAACAUGUCCCUCAACUUGGCUGCACGAGUAUCAGAAUCGAGAACCUUGAGAUUCUUAGUAGCUGGAGGCAUGGGUGUUUUAUUGUUUCUGCAACUAAGAAAAUGUAUCAGAUUCACACGGCUUCUGAAACGGCUAAUACAAACGCCUGUGAAGUACAGAGAGAAUAAAGCUGUGUAUUUGAUCAACUCAUCAGAAACCUGGGAGGAAUUCUACAUCAAAAUACAGGAACAAACCACAAAAGUGCUUGGAAUAGACUGUGAAUGGGUAACUCAUGGGAGAUACACUCUUCCUGUGUCUCUGUUACAAAUAGCGACCCCGCGAGGAGACUGUGGACUGGUACGUCUGUCACAGAUGACUGAAAUUCCAGACUCACUACGCAGGAUAAUGCAGGAUAGAAGCAUCUUGAAAGUAGGUGUAGCUUGCAUUGAUGAUGGAAACAAACUUCAUAAAGACUAUGGAAUUGUAGUUCAAGGUUGUGUUGACCUGCGUUAUGUAUUAGGACGUGUGAGAGGAAUUUACCAUGUAAAAAAUGUCGGACUGAAGGGCAUGACAGAGGCAAUAUUAGGUAUUGAGCUUGACAAACACGACAGUAUCCGUAGAAGUAACUGGGAAGCUCCAGUGUACACAGAUGCUCAGAUAGAAUAUGCAGCAAAGGAUGCCUUGGUAGGCGUAGACAUAUUCAUUCACCUUGUAUUGGCAAAAAUGGAGGGAAGAAAAGUGAAUAUCUAUGAGGAGAUCCUCAUGAAAAAUGACAUUGACCCCAAAAUCUGGUCCACUGCCCGGUCAGUGUGUCAGGGGAUCGUGGACCUCCCUUACAAACAGAAGGGGGGUGCUAUAAAAAAGGCCAACAAAACCAGCAGCAGUUCAAUACCAGCAUCCAUUCAGAGAUUGACACAUGCAUUAGAGGAACAACUAGCAAAGGAAAACCCAUACAACGCACCAGCGGCACCACACAAUGUAGAUCCACGCCUAAAUCCAUUAGCCCGUGAAUUUCGACCAUUCAACAGACACGGCUCAGAGAAUGAAGAUGACUUUAAAGGAGAACUCUCACAAACAAAAGAAAGCCGAGCCUACGUCGUGCGAAAGCGCCCUCUAUACUAUAACUGCCUCCUACUGGCUCCAGACGGAGAACAACUGUGUACCUGUGAUAUUAGGAAGGCUGAGUGGUACAUAGAGAAAGGGCUGGCAGAGAAAGUAAGUGAUGAGCCCUUGACAGUGAAGUUGAACUUUGAACCUCAAGGUCGCCCUGAGAGUGGGGAUGACUAUUAUCUCCAAGAAAAAGAGAACAUUUGUGUUGUUUGUGGUAUAGAGGAAAAACUCAUCAAGAAACAGGUUGUUCCAAAAGAGUAUAGAAGGUUUUUCCCAACCUCUCUGAAGGAUCAUUCCUCACAUGAUAUUCUCCUUCUGUGUGUAUCUUGUCAUCAGCGAAGCACUCAGUUUGAUACAGUCCUGAGAUUCCAGCUAGCUGAGGAGAGUGGAUGCCCUAUUGACAUGGGGUCAUCAGUCAAAGUUCAUGCAGACAAGGACCUUCAGAAAGUUCGAUCAGCAGCAAGGGCCUUAUUGUCAAAAAAGGACAGGGAUAAAAUUCCAGUGGAGAGAAAGGAAGCACUGAGGACAAUAGUGAAGGAUUUUUAUGGAGUCGCUGAUCUCUCUGAUGAACUGUUAGAGGAGGCGUCUGAUAUGGACUACAGGACAAUCAAUGAUCAGUAUUUCCCUCACGGCAAAGCAGUUCUACGACAUGUCAGAAGAAACGGGGGGAUCUAUAAUUUUGAAAAACGUUGGAGACAACAUUUUGUGGACACUAUGAAACCCAGCUAUCUACCUCCAAAGUGGUCGGUUGACCACAGACAUGAAAGAAGUCAUCUUUAUUCAUAAGAGGUCAUCUUUAUUCAUAAGAAGUCAUCUUUAUACAUAAUAACAACAGACCUUUGUGGCAUGUUGCUUAGUCAGGCUGAUAAAGGUACUCUCAAGAAGUCCUGUUUUUUGGCAAAAAAAAUUCAAGCACUGUGAUGUUCAAAAAGAAAAGCUUGAAGCAAAUACUUUUAGUCAUAAUUCAGAUCUACUGUACAUGUUCAUUUGUUUUUGUACAUAUGUAAUGGCAAUUUUAAAGGACUGGAGCUCUGAUAUUAUGUAAAUAAACAUUUAUUUAUUA